AUGGCAAGUGAUGGUCUUAAACAAGGUGAAGUGAUAUCUAAUACGUUGGAAAAAGACCUAUCUAUACUAUCGAAGUUGACAACCUUAAUAGAUUGUUCAAAGUCUGUUGCUUUAAUGAUAAGGAAUAUGUCAAAAUCAUCAUUGUGUAACCCGAGCGCUUAUCCAAGCAGUGGAAAGGUAUUCAAACCUCUACCUUACACCAUAGAUGCUGGCAGCAAAGACACACUUGGAUUUGAAAAAACUGCUUACGUUCCACGUGGUGCUGAAGGAGUAGUCGUCUACCAAUUGGAAAACACACAACAGUACCUGUGUAUAUUUUACAGCGUUCCGUUUAUUGGAUCUAACGGUUUUUAUUUGAAAUGGAAGACCGGUAGAGGAAUUGAAGCUAAUGAAACCCUUUUCACUGAAAUGGCUAACGAGCAAUGGGAAAUUUAUGGUGGAAUAAAAUGGCACACUGCUAAAGACGACAGAACCACCCAUACGUUAAAUUGUCGUGGUUUUAUGACCCAAACUGACGGUGCUCAAAUGAUAGUUGACGUGAUGAAUUAA